AUGAACCUUCGUUUUAGUUUUGUAAUUUUAAUACUUGCAAGCAUUGGUCAAAUUCUUGCCGAUGACUGCAAACAUUGGAGAAUUACUUCUCCAACAGAAGAGGGCUUAAUAUGGACCGCGGGUCAAUCUUAUGCUGUUUCUUGGGAUGGUACCGGCUCCAAAGUACAAACAGUUGACAAAGUUGAUCUUUAUAAUGAUAAUGACGAGUUUGUUGUUAAUGAAUGGCAAGGCCCUGUUCCCGUUGGCAAAUUGUGGACAGAAAACUUCCCACUUCAAGCUCCUGACGACGGAUUAUAUUACUUCAAGGUUACUGCAACCUCAUCUAGCGGCGGCAAAUGUUUUUUUGGAUUCUGUCAGGUUUACCGUGCAAACUUAAAUACCUCCUCAAAGCCUUCAUACCCGCUUUC